CAGACAUCUGUUAUAUUUUUCUCUCUCUUGAACCUCAGCUUCCCCUGGGCCAAGUCCCUGCCAUUGGAAAAAAAAAGGUCUUGUUGGGCUGGCACCCAGGGAAGUACUGUACAGUAGUUCUACUACCUUACAUAGACAGCCCAGACGUCCGGUGUGUUGGGGGAAAAACAGAACAAACCAUGGCGGGACGUCAUCAUCAGCAUGCUGGAUCCAAUAAGAGAGCAAGCCCGAGCCGUGCUUUUGCGGCAAGCAUUGCUCUCACCUCGUUGUUCUACAAUCUAUUCGUCGCAGCAUCGUGCGCCUACUUGCCUGAUGAUCCACUUUUGAUCGGCGUGAGCAUACAAUACUAUGCCUGCGCUGGAAGUGUGUUGAGCGCACUGGGCUUGGUCGGAAUAGCGACGAAGAACUACGCGCUCACCAUCUCCUUGGCGCUCUUCCUUCUUGUGGACGCCUUCCUCUCCUCCAUCGUACGGCUCCUUGUCCUCGAGUUCUUCUUCAAGGAAUUCCAGGAUUUCAACGUCUGCGAAUCGAGCUACGAUCCGGCCUGGACUCCGCGCAACUUUCGGCACGACAUCGUGACUUCAGUACGCUUCCAGAAGGAGUAUAUUUCGCAAGCGCGUCAUCAGCAGACAUGUCGCCUAGCUCUCGGUGCUACACAAGUUGUCUUUGUCGGAGUUCUCAUCUGUUUCACUGCUGCGCAGGCCUCACUGGCCAUGACAGUCAGACAGUGUGCGAAAGAGCUCGGGAGGAAGAAGGGCGAAAGGUUGGAGGUGGCUAUGGCUGGGGUCAUCAGUGAGAAGCCGCGAAGGAGUCAGGAACUACCGCGGUUCAGUCCCCACGACGAGAAAUUGGCGUCAAGCUUCGCGUAAAAUCGGCAUGAUUUGGCGUUGGAGAAGGUUGGAUGCUUUACGAUACCCAAGUGUGAUAUGACUUAUUCCGAUCAAGGUUUUAUGAUAGCGACUCAAGAUUUAUGAUAGGGACCAGCUUCCUGUACGAUAGCAAAGGUUCCCCCAGCACCUCUCGGGGAUAUAUAGUUGAAGGCCAUGUAGUCCUAGCUGGCUGCCAGUGUUCCUCAGUGACGUGUGUGCCAUCUUCAGUUGGUUCCGAAAUCUGAGGGGUGUCCAAUGUGGGUGAUAUUCUCAGCAGACAUUGAACCUCGAAGUGACCACAGCUAUCGCACGUACACGUACACUUGAAGAUAGACCACCCCACAGUCUCCCUCUCAUGUGCGCAGUACAUCCUGGUGAUCGGUAUCCACACAGCCUCUUCCUUUUCCCGCGUCAACAACAGUAAUCGGAUCUUCAGUGAGCUCUCCAUGUGCUUCGGGAUUGAGUUACUUCUGAACCGAGCUUGGUGCCAUUUGCAUAAGGGAGCAGUUCCUGGGAAGCGAUGAGUGGGAGCCAGGAUGCCGCAGUGCACACAUCGUCUUCGGCCACCCAGCAACUCCUUUCGCUCGCGAGUGGCUCGAUAUGCAGCAGUUCUUUGGCAGUCGGUUGCGGUUUUCAACCAGUUUGUGGGCGGCUCUGGUGCCGUGAACCAGAGUUGUUUACUGGCAAGCUUUAAUGAAAUCAAAGAGGAGGGAGAAUUGGACAGGUACGAGAUGACCUCGAGAACGAGCUCAGGAGGUAGAUCUGUGAGGCUAUAUUUCGACAUGGUUUCGUCUUGCAAGGCGAAUCGCAGAGCUGUAAAGUCGAACUCUC